UGGUGCUUUUUGUCUUGCAGGUGGUGGGGGAUGUGGACACGACCCUGCCCAGGACUCUGGAUGAACUUGGCAUCCACCUGACCAAAGAGGAAUUGAAACUGAACAUUCGGCCCCUCCUGCGGCUCGUCUGCAAGAAGUUCUUUGGGGAAUUCACAGGCUUUGUGGACAUGUGUGUGCAGCAUAUCCCCUCCCCGAAGGUGGGAGCCAAGACGAAAAUCGAGCAUACCUACACUGGCGGUGUUGACUCUGAUCUGGGGGAGGCCAUGAGUGAAUGCGACCCUGAUGGUCCACUGAUGUGUCACACAACAAAAAUGUACAGCACAGACGAUGGCGUUCAGUUCCACGCCUUCGGCAGAGUGCUCAGCGGUACCAUCCAUGCUGGACAGCCUGUGAAGGUCCUUGGAGAAAACUAUACCCUGGAAGAUGAGGAGGAUUCCCAGAUUUGCACUGUCGGACGCCUCUGGAUCUCGGUUGCGAGGUAUCACAUUGAGGUAAACCGGGUUCCUGCUGGCAACUGGGUGCUUAUAGAAGGAGUGGACCAGCCCAUAGUGAAGACCGCAACUGUCACGGAGCCUCGGGGCAACGAGGAGGCUCAGAUCUUCCGUCCUUUGAAGUUCAACACCACAUCUGUCAUCAAAAUAGCUGUAGAGCCGGUCAACCCCUCGGAGCUCCCCAAAAUGUUAGAUGGUCUCCGCAAAGUCAACAAGAGUUACCCCUCACUUACUACUAAGGUGGAAGAGUCUGGGGAGCACGUGAUCCUGGGCACGGGGGAGCUCUACCUGGAUUGUGUGAUGCACGAUCUACGGAAGAUGUAUUCAGAGAUUGAUAUCAAGGUCGCCGAUCCAGUUGUGACAUUCUGCGAGACAGUGGUGGAAACGUCCUCCCUAAAGUGCUUUGCCGAGACACCCAACAAGAAGAACAAGAUAACGAUGAUUGCUGAGCCUCUGGAGAAGGGACUCGCAGAGGACAUUGAAAAUGAAGUGGUCCAGAUAACGUGGAACAGAAAGAAGCUGGGUGAAUUCUUCCAGACCAAAUAUGACUGGGAUUUGCUGGCUGCCCGUUCCAUCUGGGCCUUUGGGCCAGACGCCACUGGCCCAAACAUCCUAGUAGACGAUACGCUGCCCUCAGAGGUGGACAAGUCGCUGCUGGGCUCUGUGAAGGACAGCAUUGUGCAGGGAUUUCAGUGGGGGACCAGGGAAGGGCCUCUCUGUGACGAAUUGAUCCGCAACGUGAAGUUUAAGAUCCUGGAUGCAGUGAUUGCUCAGGAGCCCUUGCACCGGGGUGGAGGACAGAUCAUCCCGACAGCCCGGAGAGUGGUAUAUUCUGCUUUCUUGAUGGCCACCCCUCGCCUGAUGGAGCCCUACUACUUCGUGGAGGUGCAGGCUCCUGCCGACUGCGUCUCUGCGGUGUACACAGUCCUGGCCAGGCGCAGAGGCCACGUGACGCAAGAUGCUCCGAUCCCGGGCUCCCCUCUCUACACCAUCAAAGCCUUCAUCCCAGCCAUUGAUUCAUUUGGCUUUGAGACAGACUUGAGGACCCACACGCAGGGCCAAGCCUUCUCACUCUCUGUCUUCCACCACUGGCAGAUUGUGCCUGGUGACCCCUUGGACAAGAGCAUCGUCAUCCGACCCCUGGAGCCCCAGCCAGCCCCACAUCUGGCCAGAGAGUUCAUGAUCAAGACCAGGCGUAGGAAGGGCUUGAGCGAGGACGUGAGCAUCAGCAAGUUCUUCGACGACCCCAUGUUGCUGGAGCUGGCCAAGCAAGACGUCGUUCUCAACUACCCCAUGUGAACGUGCUGCUGCGGCGUGGGGGCUGAGCCA